CAAUACAAUGACAUACAAACACUGACCAAUUUACAAGCAAAAAAAAUCGAAAAUCAGUGAAAAUUCUGUGAAAUUUUAAGAAAACAAAUCGAAAAAUGGCUUCAAAUGUUGAAGAACCGGAAGAUAAAUACGAUUUAUAUAAUAUACCAUUAGCAAAACCGAAAUUCUUGGAUCCCCUUCCAAAUGAUGAUGCUGCAGGCUCCAGCAAAAGUGAAGAUGAAACGCCCAUUUUUAGUAAAAGGAAAAUGAUACUACGUAUACCGCAACAAUAUACCGGAGAAUUUAUGCACUUGACAGUGUGCAAAAAUUGGCUGGUGUGUUUGCUGAAAGCUCCUGAACCCUCCUCACAAGUUACAUUGCUAAGAUUCUUUUUGCCCAGGGCUUUGCCUCCAGGAGAAAUUCCUUUGGAAAAAUAUUUGGCUGGCUAUAAAAUUGGCAAAUUAUUUUUGGAUCCCACUGGACAUCAUACACUCAUUAGCUUGAUACCAAAAGCUCAGGGCUUAUCAGCAGAUUUUUUGUAUAUUAAUGCCAAUGGUCCGAAAGUUAGACGUAUUGAAAAAUUCAAAGAUCAUGAAAUUACCGCUGUGGCUUUUAACAAGACUUAUGGUACAGAAUCUUCUACAGGUCCCAUACUAUUGGGUACCAGCAAGGGUUUGAUAUUUGAAACUGAACUUACAUUGGAGGCCGAUAAACCAUCUUAUAGGAAACAGGUCUAUGAUUUGGGUUUAGGUCGUACCAAAUAUCCCAUAACUGGUAUAGAAUUCAAUAAAUUACCCAAUAGUAAUCAGUAUAUUGUGGUAAUAACAGCACCCGACUAUAUAUUUACAUUCCAAGAAACACUGAGAGCCGAUGAAAAAUCCUUGCAAGCAAUUUUCAACAGUUACAUUAAUGGAACACAAUCUCAUGGAUAUGAAGAGGCCAAAACAGAUCUAAAUUAUUCGGUUUUAAGGUUUUAUGGGCCAGCCAAUGAAAAAUUUCCCACAAACUGGGGUUGGUUAUGCGGUUCUGGCUUAAGACAUGGCGAGGUGGCGCAAAGUUUUAUAGCUGAUGAAAAAUUCUUGCAAGGCAGUGAUGUGAUACCCCUUGGCAAAGAUUUUGAACAACGCAGACAUUUAUCCUUCGAAGAGAAACGUUUAAAUGUGCCGAAAUCCUUUGUUCUGACACAAUAUCAUGCUUUGCUUAUGUACCAUGAUCAUAUAACCGGCAUAUGUCUGUUAAAUCAAUCGGUAGUCUAUGAAGAAUUCUUUCAUGAGCAGAUGGGUAAACUACUGAAUAUAUUAAGGGAUCCUUUUACGGGUAAUAUUUAUGUUUACACGGAGAAAAUGAUAUUCAAUUUUAAAAUUGUGGACGAACAGCGUAACAUCUGGCAAAUCUAUUUGAAUAUGGGUCUCUAUGAAAUGGCAGAAAUCCAUGCCAUCGACGAUAAUAGCCUCAAUAAAGUAUUGGAAACUAAAGCGAAUAAAGCUUUUGAUGAUAACAAUUAUUUAGAGGCCGCCCAAAUUUAUGCCGAAACCCAGUUAGCUUUUGAGGAAGUUUGCUUAAAGUUUAUAGAUUUAGAAGAUAAGAGACCCAUUAUUACGUAUGUAAAGAAAAAACUGGAUAAACUGCCAGCCGAUGCGGAUGAGCUUCUACUUAUAAUUGUGGUGUGGCUAAUAGAUUUGUAUCUAACACAAAUAAACUUUCCGGGACGUAGCAAAGAAGAAAAACGUGAAUGGCAAGCGGAAUAUGAUGAAUUUAUGCAACAUUUUUCGGUCAUAAAAUGUGUGCGCGCCAAUCAGUCCGACAUACAGCAAUUAAUAGCUCAACAUGCAGAUUCCCACAAUCUGGCACAAUUUGCCAUUGCCAACGAAGAUUACGAGGAAGUUAUCGAACAGCAUUUAGGAGCUGACAAAUAUCUAGAUGCUCUUCAUAUAUUGCAAAAACAAAAGAAUAUCGAGUUGUACUACAAAUACUGUCCCGUUCUAAUGGAACAAAUACCCAAAGAAACCGUUGACGUAUUAAUGGCACAGGGACGUAAAUUUCAAAUAAGUAAACUAAUACCCAGCUUAAUUGCCAUCGAUAGUCCCUUGCAUAUAGCGGAAAUUACAAAAUAUUUGGAAUAUUGUAUUUACAAUUUGGGUGAAACAAACCAGGCUAUACACAACUUUCUGUUACGUUUAUAUGCCGAACAUCAGCCAGCAAAAGUUAUAAAAUACUUGGAAAAUGAGGGUCACGAUACGUCACUGGUACACUAUGAUAUUAAUUAUGCUUUAAGUACGUGCAUAGACUUUGAGGCAAAAACAGCAUGUGUGUUUUUGUAUUGUUUGCUGGAACUGUGGUCGGCCGCUGUUGAUAUGUCGCUGGAGUUUGAUUUGAAAUUGGCCAAGGAAACAGCCUCAAAGGCAAAAGAUGAUGAAAUUAAAAGGAAAUUAUGGUUGAAAAUAGCUUUCCAUGAAAUUAAGGAUCAAAAUGAUGUGAAAAAAGCUUUGGAGCUUUUGAAAGAAUGUGAUCUUCUUAAAAUAGAAGACUUGCUGCCCUUCUUUUCUGAUUUUGAGAAAAUCGAUGACUUUAAAGAGCCCAUCUGUGAUGCACUAAAAGAAUAUAAUCAUAAAAUCCAAGAACUACAACACGACAUGGAAGAGUGUACCAAACAAGCGGAAAGAGUACGCAAAGACUUACAAAACAUACGAGAAAGUUGCAUACGCAUCGAAGCGAAUGAUGUAUGCAAUAAUUGUGAUACAUUUUUGCUGGUCAAACCGUUUUUCAUAUACGGCUGUAGUCAUAAGUUUCAUGCAGAUUGUUUGGAAAAAUUAGUGGUGCCGCUGCUUAGCUCGGAAAAGAGUCGCAAAUUAACAAUGUUAAAACAGCAGCUGGAAAACAUGCUAACUCAGUCCGCAGCCAUGGGUGAGAAUACAAGCACUUCUCAAAAGAAACGUGAACAGUUAAAGCAUGAAAUUGAGGAAAUCAUAGCAGGCGAUUGUGUUUAUUGUGGUCUGAUGAUAGAGACCAUAGACCAACCGUUUGUGGAGGAUUGGGAUCAGGUUAAUGUUGAUUGGGAGUAAAUGGGAGAGAUAGGCAAAAAACAAAAGUCCAAAGUUACUAAACGUAUAAAUAUUUUUAUUCAUAUACAUACUUUAAUAUAAAAAAAUAUAACAAUAAAAUAUAAAAAAAAUAUGUUUUAUU